CGAAACUCAUAUCCCAGCACUCUUUGCGGCUCGCCAAAGCUACUAGCAGGUGCACGCCUACGCUAGAUAAAACCAUCAAGUGUAAUCCUCGCUAACCGUAGCUGUAUCCUAGGCGGCUGCUUUCUGUGUCUACCUUAUCAACAGUUCGAGCUCAACGUGCGGAGAUGGACAACUCGGGGAAGGAAAAGGAAGCCAUUCAGCUGAUGGCUGAUGCUGACAAAAAAGUCAAGUCAUCAGGCUCUUUCUUAGGAGGGAUGUUUGGAGGUGGACCUCACAAGGUGGAGGAGGCCUGUGAGAUGUACUGCAGAGCCGCCAACAUGUUCAAGAUGGCCAAGAACUGGAGCGCCGCGGGGGCGGCCUUCUGCAAGGCUGCGCGGAUCCACAGCCAGCUGCAGAACAAGCACGACUGUGCCACCAGCUUCAUCGACGCAGGGAACGCCUACAAGAAGAUCGACCCAAACGAGGCAAUCAAGUGUUUAAACGCAGCCAUCGAUAUUUACACUGACAUGGGAAGAUUCACCAUCGCAGCCAAACAUCACAUAAACAUCGCAGAGAUCUACGAGGCUGAGUUGGUGGACAUAGAAAAGGCAAUUGCACAUUAUGAACAAGCAGCGGAUUAUUACAAAGGAGAGGAGUCAAACAGCUCGGCCAACAAGUGUCUGCUAAAGGUGGGCGCCUACAGUGCUCAGUUGGAGCAGUACGCCAAGGCCAUUGAGAUCUAUGAGCAGGUGGGCUCAAACACCAUGGACAACCCCCUGCUCAAGUACAGCGCCAAGGAGUACUUCUUCAAAGCCUCGCUGUGCCACUUCAUCGUGGAUGAGCUCAACGCCAAGAUCGCCGUGGAGAAGUACGAGGAGAUGUUCCCGGCCUUCUCAGACUCCAGAGAGUGCAAGCUGCUGAAGAAACUGCUGGAGGCGCAUGAGGAGCAGAACUGCGAGGCGUUCACCGAGGCGGUGAAGGAGUUUGACUCCAUCUCCCGCCUGGACCAGUGGCACACUACCCUGCUGCUGCGCAUCAAGAAGACCAUCCAGGGGGACGAGGGAGACCUCAAGUAGGGGAGGGAAAGGGGGAGCGAUAGAGGGCGGAGGGCAUAGAGAAGAUUGAAAUGGGGUGGAAAAACGCAGCAUUGAAAAAUCGUCCAUCAAGGCAUGCUUACCCUUCCUUAGCCCAUUCCCCUGGUCAACCCCCCCCCCCCCCCCCUCCCACUCUACCAUUCCUUCUUCUACAGCACUUCUUACACUCACACACAUACACUGACACUUCUCAAAUGUCACCCAGGUUAACCCCCAUACAACGUUUUUCCCCGUGCUGCUGAUAUCCGCCAGGCAUUACUGAAGCGUCGUAUUCUCAUGUUGAUAUUUAAAAGCUAUGCUUCUCAUUAUUCAGGGUGUGAUUCCUCCCUACCACCCACGCCUCCUAGCCUGGUCUGUUUUUAGAGCAGAGGCUGCAUUCCCCUUUAACAGCCUCUUUAGGACCCAGGGGUUAUCUACGCUGGGGGCAAACGUAACGGCGCAGAGGUGAGUGGGAUGUUGGCAGAAGAGAUUGCACAAAGUAUAGUUCUAUAUUUUCUUUGUUCUUUUUCUUAUCUGGUAUUUUAGAUGGAAACAAUCUUUGUCUUUUAUUUAUACUAUGUGUUGCAAAAAAAGAUUGUUAUAAAUCUAUUUCUAUACGUGUGUUGGGUAUAUUUACAGAUUGUAGUGAAGUGGUAAAGGGAAAAAUCAAGUCUCAAGUCAUUCCUUCCAUGCUCGUAUACAUUUUACUUCCAUAUCAUUCACACGUGGGACGACUUGUUAAGUGCAAGGAUAAUUAUAUGUAGACUUUUAAAUGUUUCAGAUUGACGUUUUGUUUAAUAUCUAUAUAUAUCCUGCUGAUUUAAACUUUGAUUUGUUUUUUAAAUGCAUUGUGGAAUUGUAACGACAACCAAGAGUCCAACUUGAGUUGGGAUAUAAAUUACUUCAUGGUCAUGAUUGAGGUGACCCUCGAAUAUCAGGAUAGACCUUUAGAAAACUUGCAACGCGAGUAUCAUUAGAGACUUGUGCCGUUUCCUUUAUCUUGUGUCGUAGAGUAAGCGAAGGCCCAUUAGUGUCAUGCACCUUCGAGGCGACCCAUGUGUUUAUAGCAUGUCAUUGUGUAUCGGUGUAUUUUAGCCACAUGUUAGCCAUGUGUUUCAUCUCUGUGUCUCCGCCACACCAAAGUUUUUCUAAGCGGUCCACAGCCCUGCGUAUCAAGCUUCUUCCAGGAAAAACGACCGCGGCAUACUGUUUUGAUUUCACCUGUAUGCUUGUGAAAGAUUAUCGUAAUAAAAGAUUAUUAAACACA